AUGGAAAAUAAGGAUGAUGAUAAGAAAGAAAAGAACCAAAUAUCACUACUCGAAAUUAAGAGAAAAGUGCAAAAUGAACAGGAAGCAUUAAAAGAUGACAAUAAACAAAAAAAGUUUCGAAUAUUAAAUUAUACCUCAAGAGAUAGUGCUGUCGGAAAAAUUGAAAAAGAUUUUAUGGUUUACUUUUGUUUUUUAUGUGGCUUUAAUUGCUUAAUUAGUGAAAUAGAUAUAAAAAAAUUACCCACGAGAAAAACAGAUAAUUCUAUUAUAUUUCCAUUUAAAAAGAUUAUACAUAAAAAAUUUCAUAAAACGCAAACAGAGCGAAUAGUAAUUAAAAGAAAACAUGGGGCUGAAGUACAAUAUAGAAUACUAUGCAAAGAAUGUGCUGUACCAAUUGGAUAUGUUAAUAAUUUGAAUGAGCAAAACUCAUUCAUUUAUUAUUAUGACUAUUCUUUGUUAAAGGAUCAGACAAAAUGUAAAUUUUUUUCAGACAUUUGA